AUGGAAAAUGUUAUUAUUGAACUUCAACUUGAAUUACGAGCUGCACGAGAUGAAGCUGAACUUAAACGUAAAAAGUCUCAACAAUCAACAUCAACAAAAAAUCUUUUUAAUUUUUCUAAUCGAAAAAUAAAUUCACCAACAACACCAACCAAUACUCAAAAUGAAGAUAUUGAUACACAAAUGCGUCCAAUUGAUGCUUCUUUUAUAACAGAUCAUAAAGAAUCAUCAAAUUUACUUGUCGAAAAUAUAAAUAAAAAAACUUCGAAUGAUUUUAUUUAUUCUUCAUUACAAUCAUCUCGUCGUUCAAGUCAUUCAACAAAUACAGAUGAUGAUCAAUAUGAACUUGUUCGUCAUUUAUCAUCAACUAAUAAUAAUGAACAAAAUCAAAUAACAACAGAAAUUAAAGAUACAUCAAGUCCUGAAAUGGUUUCAUCCGCAACAUCUCUUUCAUCAACAUCAUCAAAUGAUGAAAAUGAAUCAAAAGACCAAACAAUAAUUAAAAUUGAAAAUGAUAAAACAUCAAUAACAUAUGAAUCUGGUCGAUUUGAACCCGUUAAAAUGACAACUGAACAAGCAAAUUUAUUAGAAGAAGCCAGUAGAACAGAAUAA